AUGCCCGGAGGUCCAGACGAAUGGCUCGAAUCCAUAAAGGAAUGCAAAUACCUGCCUGAGCCAGACAUCAAGAAGCUCUGCGAUAUGGUCAAGGAGCUGCUGAUGGAAGAGUCCAACAUCCAGCCCGUCUCGGCCCCCGUUACGGUCUGCGGCGACAUCCAUGGGCAGUUCUACGAUCUCCUGGAGCUCUUCCGAGUAGGAGGCGAGAUCCCAAACACCAGCUACAUAUUCAUGGGUGAUUUUGUCGAUCGCGGAUACUACAGUCUCGAAACGUUCUCCUUGUUGCUGGCCCUCAAGGCAAAAUAUCCUGAACACAUCACGCUGCUGCGAGGAAACCACGAAAGUAGACAGAUCACCCAGGUCUACGGUUUCUACGACGAAUGCCUGACCAAAUACGGAAACCCGAACGUCUGGAAACACUGCUGCUCGGUGUUUGACUAUCUGACGCUUGCUGCGAUUGUCGAUGGUCGUGUUUUGUGUGUGCAUGGCGGGCUCUCGCCUGACGUCCGCACCCUCGACCAGAUCCGAACCAUCCAACGCUGCCAGGAGGUGCCGCACGAGGGAGCGUUUUGCGACCUGAUGUGGUCGGACCCGGAAGACAUCGAAACCUGGGCCGUCAGCCCCCGCGGUGCUGGCUGGCUCUUUGGAAGCAAAGUUACGCUGGAGUUCAACCAGGUGAACAAUCUGCUGCUGAUUGCGCGUGCCCAUCAACUCGUCCAGGAGGGUUACAAGUACAUGUUUCCGGACGACAACUUGGUGACGGUGUGGUCGGCGCCAAACUACUGCUACCGCUGUGGCAACGUGGCCUCGAUCAUGGCCAUCGACGAGGCCCUGAACAUUGACGAGUCGUCCUUCAAGAUCUUCUCGGCCGUACCGGACCACGACCGUGUGGUCCCGCCUCGUCAGACUGCAUCCUAUUUCAUGUAA